GACGAGAUUCGUCUUACUUUUUUUAGGCGUUCGUGCUACUAUCCUCGAUCGACGUCAGGGCCGAGAAGAAGAAUCCAAAGGACAACGCGAAGCUCGUGUCUAAUGAUCGUAAAGAGAGUAACGAGACGGAUGCCACGUUGAUGAGCGAGGAUCUCAAGAACAGGACGGAUCAAGCACGAGAGAGCAGGUUGGAAAAGGUUCGUGCCCUUCUGAGCAAUGGAAGCCGACAAAAUGGCAGCAGGGAGGUCGUGCUGUCGAGAAGUAUGGACAUUGCCAAGAUCGUAUCUGAUGAUGCCACUGGUGACGAGGAAUCGGUGGAAGAAUUACCCGAGCCACAAGAAUUGAAAAUCGUGAGACCCAAUUUAAGGAAACGACCCGGUUAUCGGCCACCUCCGAGAAGACCAGCCCCUUUAAAUCGAAGAAACGUUUUCACAGAUCUGUCCAGAUCAUCUCUGACGAGACCACCUAGACGACCCACGGAAAUAAAGAAACGAGAUCCAACCGAGAAGGAAUGUAAUUUCUUCACAAAGACAGUCUGUCUGGAAGCUGUUGAUUAUCCUCAGUGAGUUUUGCUUCACUUUCCUUCUCCAUUUACUAUUACGCAAUUAAUCCCGUUCAAAAGUUGGACUUUCUCUAAUGAACGACAAUAAUCCGUAAGUUAAUUAAUCGUCUCACAACGAAACGUAA